UUUUAAUUUUUUUUUUAAAAACCACUAAAAUAUCGUCAAAGAACUGUUUUUUUUUCUCAUUUACAUAUUUUUACUGAAUUGAGCAGAACCGUGUACUAAUUAUAAUAGCAUAAACAAAAUAUUUUAUAAAUGUAAAAUAUGAAUGCAACUACUUCCGAAGAAAUAAAACUGUUGAUUUUAAAUACUCAGGAACCUCUAAUUUUUAAACAUUUAUUAACCUGUGAAUUAUUAAAGUGGACUCUGACAGACUGGAAGAAUAAAUUAAGAGAUGAGAUUUUAGAAUUUCGAUUGGGGAAAUUUGAAUAUACACAUGAACCUCAGUGGGAAAGAAAAACUGAUGUUAUAAAAUCUUCUUUUAAAUAUUUCUUACAAUGUUCAGAAUGUGAUUCUGAAGAAAAAUGGUUAUAUUUUGAUUAUAAAUAUUUAGAUAACUGGUUUACCAAUAUUGAAGAAUUACGAAAAAAUAUUUCAUGGGCACCUUUGGGUUUUCCCAACAUAACAGUGGACGAUUGUACAAUGUGGAUGGGCACAAAAGGUGCCCACACAUCAUGUCACAUUGAUACAUAUGGAUUUAACCUAAUAUUUCAAGUUUAUGGGAGAAAACUUUGGAUUAUAGCACCUCCAGAAGAAGAUUUGAAACCUACCAGGAUACCUUAUGAAGAAUCCAGUAUCUAUUCAAAAUUAAAUUUCUUCAGUCCCGAUGUUGAAGAUUUUAAAGGUGUGAGUAAUUGCAGAAAAGUUAUUUUAAAUCCAGGCGAUGUUUUAUAUUUGCCUCAUAAAUGGUGGCAUUAUGUAGAAAAUCUAGAAACUGCCAUCAGUAUUAAUGUUUGGGUUCCACUGCCCCAAGAUGAUGCAGAAAGACUUAAUGAAUCAAUAGUUCAGCUUUUUGUUAAACAAAUGGUAGAUGUAUCAAAUAAAGAAACAGCUGAUCAUAUUUUAAACCCUAACAUGCAGCAGUCUAUUUUAGAAAAUGAUACUGGAAAUAUGUUGGAGAUUAUAAACAAAUGUAAAAAGAUUUGCAAGGAUAAAUUACAAAGCAAAAGAAGUAAAAAGGAUGGUACAAAAUCUACUGAAAACUAUUGUGAAAUUAACGAAUCUGAAUUGUUGGAGAAGUACCAUUUUGUAGAAAAAAUACCUAAAAUGUCUCAAGAAGAUUUUAUCAUAUUUUUAGAGGGGCAAAGGAAACGAUUUAAAAAGACAGCAAAAGAAAAUUAUACACAUUCUGAAGAAAAUAAUAUUUUAGAACUUCUUAAUGUUUUUGCAGAUAAUGAUGUUGUUUCACUUAUUACUGAAAAACUAUUAUGUAAAAGCACUUGAUAUUUAUUGUAUACUAAGAAUUCACAAUAAAUUAUAUUUUUUGAGUGUAA